AUGUCGCUCAGCGACCAUCCAAAGGCCUACGGCACAGCCGCCGUGGUCUUUGCCUUUACUACUGGCAUUCUCGUCACAUUGGGCUUCAAGGACUUUUACCCUGAUCUUGAGCGUCGGUUUCAGAGGAAAAGGCGUGCGAAUGCAGCAAACAUUCCGGGCGGUGCGCGGAGAACAAGUCUGUUCUGGGGCGAUCCAGUUGAGCUUGAAGAUCGCGAGUCGAUGCCUUCUUCGCCGAUACCCUACGAUAUUGCGCGAAGUGGCUUCGCCGAUGGGAUAGAAGCCACCAUUGGUAAUACGCCUCUUAUUAAAAUCCAAUCUUUGUCCAAGGCUACAGGUCGAACUAUCAUGGCCAAGGCCGAGUUCCUAAAUGGCGCUGGAAAUUCACCAAAGGACCGUGUUGCGCUUAACAUGAUUCGUGUGGCAGAAGCCAAAGGUCUCCUCACGCCGCACAAGGGCGACACUAUCUACGAAGGCACUGUUGGCAGCACAGGUAUCUCACUCGCAACUCUCGCAAGGGCAAUGGGAUACCGCGCUCAUAUCUGCAUGCCCAGCGACAUGGCUCUCGAAAAGUCCGAUCUUCUUCUUCAUCUUGGCGCAACCGUCGAACGAGUCACGCCUGCGCCUAUUACCAGCCCUGAUCACUUUGUUAACCUUGCACGACGUCGUGCAGAAGAGCACGCUGCCAAGGCAAAGGAUGGCAGCAAGGGAUUCUUUGCGAAUCAGUUCGAGUCGGAGGCUAACUGGAAGGCGCACUACAACUCGACUGGUCCUGAGAUUUGGAGACAGACGGAUGGUCAGCUGGCUGCUUUUGUCGCUGGAGCUGGUACAGGCGGCACGGUAUCGGGUGUAGCAAAGUAUCUCAAGGAGGAGCAGAAGGCAUCUGAUAUCAAAGUCGUGCUCGCCGAUCCCCAGGGUAGCGGUCUCUACAACAAGGUCCGACAUGGCGUGAUGUACUCCUCUACAGAGCGUGAGGGUACUCGUCGCAGACAGCAGGUCGACACCAUGGUCGAAGGCAUCGGCAUCACACGUCUGACCGAGAACUUCGAAGCAGGCCGAGAACUCAUUGACGAUGCCGUACGGGUAACAGAUGAACAGGCUUGUCGCAUGGCGCGCUGGCUAGUUGAGCAUGACGGGAUUUUCGUCGGCAGCAGCAGCUCCGUUAACUGUGUUGCUGCAGUCGAGACAGCCAUGAGGCUCCCGGAGGGAAGUCGAGUUGUGACUAUUCUGUGCGACUCUGGAACAAGACAUCUGAGCAAGUUCUGGAAGCACAUUAAGGAGAUGGGACUCGAGGGAGAGGAGGCGACGAAUCUGUUUACCGAGCUAGGGAUACCCGAUCAUAGUGCGUGA